CACGGAUGCGCUGCGACUGGGAGGCAAGGCGCGGCGAUGCCUGCCGUCUUCCGGGUUGGAGCUUGGAGAAGUCGGAGAGCAAGGACGUCGUUGAGGUUGCUGGUGCUGGGCUCUCUCUCACCCACUUAAGCUGAGCGCCUCAGCCUCAACAUGUGCAUACAGAGGUUUUUCCAGUCCUCUCUUCAGUGGGCUUGGAGGAUGACCUUCCUGAAGCACAUCCAAUCUGGGUACCAAGGAACCUGCCGGUGGACACAUUUUGGAGGCAGCACCUACAGAGCAGUGAUUUUUGACAUGGGCGGUGUUCUCAUUCCUUCUCCAGGGAAAGUAGCUGCAGAAUGGGAGGCGCAGAAUCAUAUCCCUUCUGGAACCAUAUUGAAGGCCUUUAUAGAAGGUGGUGAAAAUGGGCCCUGGAUAAGAUUUAUGAGAGGAGAGAUAACAGUACAGAAUUUCUUACAAGAAUUUGAGAGACUUUGCUCUCAAAUGGAAACAUCAGCAUUCCACUUCAAAUUAAGGGAGAAGGUGAAGAGGAAGCAGACGUGUCACAUGGUGAAAGAAGGAAUAAAGAAGGAGGAGUCAAAGACCUCUGUGCCUGUGGACUCAUUUUUCUCUCUGCUGACCAGUGAGCGAGUGGCAAAGCAGUUCCCAGUGAUGACUGAGGCCAUCGCUCAAAUUCGGGCAAAAGGCCUUCAAACUGCAGUCUUGAGCAAUAAUUUUUACCUUCCCAAUGGGAGAAGCUUUUUUCCCCUGGACCGGAAACAGUUUGAUGUGGUGGUAGAGUCCUGCCUGGAAGGUAUCUGUAAGCCAGACCCUGGGAUCUACAAGCUCUGCUUAGAGCGGCUGGGCCUGCAGCCCUCCGAGUCCAUCUUCCUUGACGAUCUCGGAGCAAAUCUAAAGGCAGCUGCCAGCCUUGGUAUUCACACCAUUAAGGUUAAGGAUCCUGAGACUGCAGUACAGGAAUUAGAAACUCUUUUGGGUUUUACAUUGAGAGUGAGUAUUCCAAACACACGUCCUGUGAGAAAGACAAUGGAAAUACCAAAAGAUUCCUUAGAGAAGUACCUCAAAGACGUACUGGGGAUCCAAACCACAGACCAAUUGCAUGUCCUUCAGUUUGAUCAUGGGCAGUCAAAUCCAACUUACUACCUCAGGCUGGCCAACCAUCAGCUGGUUCUGAGGAAGAAACCUCCAGGGACCCUCCUUCCAUCUGCCCACGCAGUGGAGAGGGAGUUCAGGAUUAUGAAAGCCCUUGCAAAUGCUGAUGUUCCUGUCCCUAAUGUUCUUGACCUCUGUGAAGAUUCAAGUGUCAUUGGCACUCCCUUCUAUUUGAUGGAGUACUGCCCAGGCCUCAUCUACAAAGACCCCUCCCUGCCAGGCAUGGAGCCCAGCCAAAGGCGAGCCAUAUACACUGCCAUGAACAGAGUCCUGUGCAAAAUCCACAGUGUGGACCUCCAGGCUGCAGGGCUGGAAGACUAUGGGAAGCAUGGGGACUAUAUUUUGCGCCAAGUGCAAACCUGGAUUAAGCAGUAUCGAGCCUCAGAAACCAGCACCAUCCCAGCGAUGGAGAAGCUCAUUGAGUGGCUGCCGCUGCAUCUCCCCAGUCAGCAGAGGACCACAGUGGUUCAUGGGGACUUCAGGCUUGACAACCUGCUGUUUCAUCCAGAAAAGCCAGAGGUCCUUGGUGUCCUUGACUGGGAACUUUCUACCUUAGGUGACCCCCUUGCAGAUGUGGCCUACAGCUGCAUGGCUCAUUAUCUGCCAUCCAGUUGUUCCCUACUGAGAGGUUUGAAUGACUGUGAUUUGACUCAACUGGGAAUCCCUACUGCAGAGGAGUAUUUCAGGAUGUACUGUCUUCACAUGGGGAUCCCUCUCAUUGAGAACUGGAACUUCUAUAUGGCUUUCUCCUUUUUCCGUGUGGGUGCCAUCCUCCAAGGAGUCUACAAGCGAUCACUCACAGGGCAAGCAAGCUCAGCAACUGCUGAACAGAGUGGGAAGCUGACUGAAUUUAUGUCUAACCUGGCAUGGGAUUUUGCAGUCAAAGAAGGAUUCAGGGUUUUCAAAGAAAUGCCGGUCACAAAACCAUUCAUGAGGUCCUACCACACGUGGAUAGCUGCCCAGUCCCUGCUGACCCCCAUGGGCACAAGGAGUUACUGUUCCAUUCCAGAAACUUCCCAAGCUCAUGUUUCAAAAGGAGCUCUGGUCAUCUCUCCGGAGGGCCUUUCCCCACCAGUCAGAGAGCUGUAUCACCAGCUGAAGUGCUUUAUGAAGCAGUGUGUGUAUCCCGCAGAGCCAGAGCUACAGAGUUACCAGACCUCAGUGGACAGAUGGAGGCCCUGCCCGCUGAUGGAAGAUCUCAAGGAGAAAGCCAAGGCUGAAGGACUUUGGAACCUUUUCCUACCCUUGGAGACUGAUCCUGAGAAAAAAUAUGGAGCAGGACUGACCAACAUGGAAUAUGCACAUCUGUGUGAGCUCAUGGGCACGUCUUUGUAUGCUCCUGAGAUAUUUAACUGCUCUGCUCCUGACACGGGGAACAUGGAACUUCUGGUAAGGUAUGGCACUGAGGAGCAGAAGGCUCGCUGGCUGGUUCCUUUGCUGGAGGGCAAGGCUCGCUCCUGUUUUGCUAUGACUGAGCCACAGGUUGCCUCAUCGGAUGCCACCAACAUUGAGGCUUCCAUCAGAGAAGAGGAUUGCUCCUAUGUCAUAAAUGGUCACAAGUGGUGGAUCACAGGUGUCCUGGAUCCUCGCUGCCAACUCUGUGUGUUUAUGGGAAAAACAGACCCGCUUGCCCCGAGCCACCAGCAACAGUCCAUCCUUCUGGUUCCCAUGGAUACCCCAGGAAUAAAAAUCAUCCGGCCCCUGACAGUGUAUGGGCUAGAGGAUGCUCCAGGUUGGACCUCCUGGGGCGGGUUGCCCCUAGGAGGCCAUGGUGAAGUCCAAUUUGAAAACGUGCGUGUGCCCAAGGAGAACAUGGUCCUGGGGCCUGGGCGAGGCUUUGAGAUCGCUCAGGGCAGACUUGGCCCCGGCAGGAUUCAUCACUGCAUGAGGUUGAUCGGGUUCUCAGAGAGGGCCCUGGCACUCAUGAAGGCUCGAGUGAAGUCCCGCAUGGCCUUCAGGAAGCCCCUGGUGGAGCAGGGCACAGUGCUGGCAGAUAUUGCCCAGUCACGUGUAGAGAUCGAGCAGGCCCGGCUGCUUGUGCUGAAAGCUGCUCACCUCAUGGACGUGGCAGGAAAUAAAGCUGCAGCUUUGGAUAUAGCCAUGAUUAAAAUGGUAGCCCCAUCCAUGGCCUGCCGAGUGAUUGAUCGCUCUAUUCAGGCCUUUGGAGCAGCAGGACUGAGCAGCGACUACCCGCUGUCACAGUUCUUCGCCUGGGCCCGUGCACUGCGCUUUGCUGAUGGCCCUGACGAAGUGCACCAGGCAACAGUCGCCAAGAUGGAGCUAAAGCACCACACUUAAACCUUUGGGACUGUGUGGGCUGGAUGUCCCAGCGGUGCCAGCCACUCCCAGAGCCAAAACCGUAACUACUUUGAGAGGUCUGCUGCGUGGGAGUUUCGAACCCUGCCCAGCAGCUCUACCCUGGAACAGCUGGGAUGAACUCAGCCCUUUUCAGGUCUCCACAGAACACUGGUUCUCAACCUUCUUAAUGCCAUGGCCCUUUAACAGUUCCUGUGGGUCGCGACCCAUAGGUUGAGAACUGCUGCUGUAGAAGACAUUUCCGUGAGAAACAGUGUUUGUGUUUCCAGCGAGAGAAGGCAUUAGCUGCAAGCUGAGCAGGUUUGGGGACAGAGCCUGAAAAGCAGGUCUUUGGGCUCUUGGUGCCAGGCUGGGUAGCCCUAGUUCCCCUCUCUCUCUGGCUGUGAGAAGGUGGACACACCUUAGGGGACCUGCUGAGGUCAUCCCUGCUAUGGAAGUGGUGCCAGAGUGCUCCUAGGAAAACAGAAUGAAACCAAACUUGUGAUGCUAGUGGCAUCUGAUUUCCUUAAUUUGAUUGUCUAUCACACAGAAUACUAAUUUAAAUGUUAUUUUGGAAAGGGGCUCUGGAGACACAAAAGAAUAAGAAAACAUACCUCAGAAACUCUGUGGCCUUUCUGUGUCAUACAAAAGGAACCAAGCUUAGAAGUUCUGCCUCAGCCCCUCCAUCUCAGUACAUCAGUUGCCACCUUCCCUCCUCAUACUUGUGUUCCAGAAUCCUGGCCACUGCCUCUGUCCCUUACACAUGGGGGAUGUGGAUGCCAUGAGCCCUGCCAGGUCCUAACUCAGCCACCUUCUGUCACUACUCAGUUCUGCACUCUGUGCUCAGAGAAAUGUCCCCAAAGGAGCUGUGGUGAUAUGUGUGAGGCCCCUGCAGUCUCCAUACUCCCUGUCUGCCAUGUGCUGGGGGGCAGGGCCAGGGUUGGGCAAUACACCAGCAUAAUUUAGAGAGCAGUAUGCUUUUCUCUGAGGAGAGUGGAAAUCCUUGAGUAACCGGUGCCCUGUGAGCCCAGGUGGCAUGGACAGAUAAGCUGUCGACAUUUAGAACCAGUCUGUUAAUCUAACUUGUGGUGGUGGGGCCAAGGCCCAUUUCAGGUCAGACAGUCCCCCUUGCCUGUUGUGUUGCACAGGUGACCUCGUAGGAACUGCUUCUCUGAGAGUACCCCCAGCUGCAGGAGGGCCCACAUCCCUGCAGGGUACAAAGUCACAGGGGCCUUGUGAAUGGGCUCCUCAGAUGUGCUUUCCCCAAGCUUGCCUUCUUCCACCACACUUGAGAAAUUGCUUGUUGCUCAAGGAAGGUAAGUUAAGAUCAAAUCUUAGCUCAGCCUGGUGGCUCAUGCUUGUAACCCUAACACUAUAGGAGGCAGAGGCAGGUGGAUCCCUUGAAUUCAGGAGUUCGAGACCAACCUGGGCAAGAGCAAGACUCCAUCUCUAAAAAAUAGCCAGGCAUUGUGGUAGGCACCUGUAGUCCCAGCUACUGGGGAGGCUGAGGCAGGAGGAUGUCUUGAGCUCAAAAGAUUGAGGUUGGGUGGCGCGUAUGGCUCAAAGGAGUAGGGUGCCGGCCCCAUAUACCGGAGGUGAUGGGUUCAAACCCAGCCCCGGCCAAAAAAAAAAAAAACUGCAAUAAAUAAAUAAAAGGCCUUGAAGCUAUUAAAAGAAAAAGAAGAUUGAGGUUGCUAUGAGCUACUAUGAUGCCACAGCACUCUACCAAGGGCAACAGAGCGAAACUCUGUCUGGAAAAAAUAGAAUAAAUAAAAUCUCAAACUUAUUGCUAUCAAUGCCAGCCACACUUUCAAGGAAAUCUUUUGCAAACUCUGGUAAGAUUCUAGCAGCCUGAGUUCUACUUUGAGCCUGAGGAGGGAGGAGGGUU